CCAAGAUCUUCCGAACAAACCAACAGAGCUCUCAAACCCUAUAAAUUCCCGGGCCACAGAGAGUGCCAUGGAAGACGAGAAGCCAAAGGGCUUUUUCUUGUUCUAGUUUUAUCCGUUAAUGAAGCCGUAUUUGACAGCGAUCGGAGCGGGAAAUUCCUAGAAAGGAGGGUUUUGUCUCGAUUGAUUGUUUCCCCAUUGUCUUCUGUUUGAGCUCUCAAACCCUCGCUUUUGAAAGUUAUCGGGCCACAAAGAUUCUCAAAUUCGACAUGGAAGACGAAAAGCCACAGGAGUUUUUCUUGCUCUAGUUCUAUCCGUAAGUUUAGCCGUAUUUGAUAGUGAUCGGAGUGGGAAAGCCCUAGAAAAGAGGGUUUUGUUUGGAUUGUUAGUUUCCCCGUUAUCUUCUGUUGCUUUUGGCUUACUGUCGAUAAUUGCAAAUAAUGGAGUCGUCCGCGAUAUCGAUAUACAACCCUCAGAAAUCCAAUAAAAGAGUGCUUCCGGGGAGUAGUAGUUCAUCGUAUAUGGAACCUGAAGUGAUCGAAAUUACUCCUCCUUACGCUGGUCAGACUUCCAAAUCGAAGGCUAAAGCGCUUAAACAAAAAGAGGUUGUUUAUCAUGAAAUAAUCGACGUUGACAUGGAUGAAGACCGAAAUGAUGUAGUGUUCAUUGAAGGGAAGGUUGAAUCCAACAAAAAGAGGAAGGGUGCUAUGGGCAUCUCAUUGGGUUCUAGUAGUGCAGAACAAGGUUCAAAGGACAGGGGUCAAACUACAAAGAAAGUUGACUCAAAUAAUAAGGGGAAGGGUGGUGUGCAAAUGAAUUCAGUGGUUCCUGGUCAUUCUUCAAAGAGCUUUGUAGCAGAAUUAGAGAGCUUUUAUGAUUUAGAUGAUUAUAUUUUAGAGGAUGAUUAUCUGGCUUUGCAAUCCCGUUUUGAUCAUAUGGAUAUCCCUACUGGAAUUGAAGCUCAAAUUCCCUGGUUUCCAGAAACACUCCAAAUGAAAAAGAAUUCAACUGUUCAUGCUGCUUCUACUUAUUCUGGUCUACAUGCAAGUAACAGUUCAAAGAAUCUUCCAUUUGUUGAGACCCCACAAAAAUUCCAACACCAAAACAUGCCCUUUAAUUAUACACAUAAUCAAGUAGCUCCACCUAUGAAGGUGCCUCAUCCGGUUUCUUAUUUUUCCAGUAGUUGUAAUACUCCUCAAGUUGGUGGUGGUGGUGGCAUUUCUUCAAGUUUCUUUCAGUUGCCCAUGAACACGGGUUACCCUCUAGGGGUAGAUACGUCAUUUUCUAUGUAUCCUAUGGGAGACAUGAUAAUGGACAAGGUUAAUAGCCCAAGGAGUUCAAGUGUAAUUGGAAGUUCUUCUAGCAUGGCAAAGGUUGUUGAUAAUGAAGAUGUUCUGAAAAGAUAUGAGAGCUUCAAGAAGUUUGAUACAGUCGUGGAUUUUUCUGAUCAUUAUUAUGCAGCACAGAAUUCUGGAAUGAAGCAGCCACCAAAAAAUUGGGCUAAAAAGAUACAGGAUGAGUGGAGGAUUCUUGAGAAAGAUCUGCCUGACACAAUAUUUGUAAGGGCAUAUGAGUCAAGGAUGGAUCUUUUAAGAGCUGUAAUUAUUGGAGCAGAUGGCACCCCAUAUCAUGAUGGACUCUUCUUCUUUGAUAUCUGUUUUCAAAGCAGCUAUCCCAGCUGCCCACCUCUUGUGCACUAUCACUCUGGUGGGCUGCGUAUCAAUCCGAAUCUGUACAACUGUGGGAAGGUGUGCCUGAGCCUUCUAAACACAUGGUCAGGUGCCCAAAAGGAGAGGUGGAUCCCUGGCACCUCAACCAUGCUCCAGGUGUUGGUCUCCAUACAGGGUCUCAUCUUGAACACAAAGCCAUACUUCAAUGAACCCGGUUAUGCACACUCCAGUGGCUCCAUCCAGGGAGAAAAAAGAUCCAUGCAAUACAACGAAAGCACCCUUAUUCUAUCACUCAAAACCAUGGUCUAUACCAUGAAAAAACCACCCAAGAACUUUGAGGAUUUGGUGAGUGGGCAUUUUCGGAACCGUGUGCGAGAUAUUUUGAUGGCGUGUAAAGCGUAUACUGAAGGGGUGCAGGUUGGGUGUCUAGUGAGAGGAGGUGUACAGGAUGUGGAUGAGGACAAUGACAGCUGUUCCCCUCAGUUCAAGGCUGAUGUGGUUGCAUGUGUUAAGACGCUUGUGGCUGCAUUUAAGAAUAUUGGAGCUAAAGAAGCUGAGGAGUUUAUCGGGUUGAGUGUAAAGAAAACCAAAACUCCAACUCAUUCAUCAUCGCAUGUACGUGCAUUUGCACCUGCCUAUGCGCAUAAUAAUGUCCAUGCCUAUCUUCCUCCUCUUCCGCCUCCUCCAUCUGCUUUCAAUGCUGCUAUACCUGCUUAUAAUCAUUAUUGGUGAAACAUAUCGGAUUUUGAUGGACUAAAAAUAUUAUUUCUUCCUAUUUUGGAUUUGGAUUGGGAUUGGGAUUGGGAUUGGGACCGGAUGUUUUAGGUUUUCACCCCAAUAGUAUAAUAUACUGCUAUGCUAUAUGUAUAUAGGGUGGAUGUGGAUUCUUUCACCAACUUCUUCUAAUGUUAAUCAUUUCACUUAUUCUGAUCAACCCUAUUUCUCAAAAACGAUGACCAUGUGAGGC